AUGGAGGAACAAGUUGCUGUGUUGGUGGAACAGCCAAAUUUUGGUGAAAUUAAAGACUUAAAGAAGUCUGGGUUGUUGUACAUGGCUGAAAAAUUAAAUCUGACAGUUUCCAGGAGAAUGUUAAAGGGUCAGCUAUUAGAGACUGAAUCUAAGCUAGAGAUGGCUAAGUUAGAAGCAGAGAAACAGAGGUUGGAGAUGCAGAAUCGCCAAAAACAGCUGGAGUUGGACACUCAGCAGCAGAUGCUCGAGGCUCAGAACCAGCAAAAACAACUUGAGAUUGAAGCUCAAAACCAACUAAAACGAGUGGAACUAGAAGCACAGAGCAGAAAAAUUGAAGCUCAGUUGCAACUAGAGAAAGUUAGGCGGCAGCAAUUGGAAAUUCAACAGAGUAUAGCAAUAAAUAAUAACAGACUAGAGGAACAGAGAAUUGCAGCAGGGCAUGGUGACACUAAGCAUCUUAAAUGCAUACAACAGAUCCCAGAGGCCCAUAGACAGAAAUUCAUAGGUAUAAAGAGAGCACAUGAUCAGACCAUUUCUGAUUUUGCAAGAGUUAAAAUUAAUCAUUUUGAUAGAUGGUCAAAUGUGACACCCAAAGUACUUCAGAGCCACAUAGAGGUGGCUAAAGAGAAAUUACAAAGAACUAAUGAGGCUACAAAUAAUUAUCAUCAAAUCCUCCUGCCACAAAAUGCAAGUGGAGUUAAUGCAUCUGAACCAUUCAAUGAAGUCUGUCUUCCUGCCAUUGAUUUACCUCACCUUCAGGGCAGAGAUGACGAAAACUUCGAAUGUUACUGGAAUACGUCUGAUUCACUUGUGAACUCUAAAAAUUCCAUUAACAAAACAAAGAAAUUCCUAUAUUUGCGAAGUACCCUUAAGGGAGAAUCAAAGGCAGUUAUUGAUCAUCUGAAUCAAAGUAAUGACGACUACGAUACUGCCAUACAGCUGUUAGAAGUAUCGUGGUAA